AUGCGGUGCUACCUCUGCCUCAGAAAAUUGAUUACGCUACUCUGGUUUCGUCAAACCUUUGACAACAUUACAGCCAAACUAACUAGAAUGGACGUGCGGCUCCCCGAUAAAGAGUACACAGGCUUAAUAGAGGCCCUUCUAACUGGAAUAUGGACCCAGGACGAAGAGGACUUCAAAUACAUCGCGGCGGCCCUCUAUUCCCAGAAGUUGGACUGGCUUCUAAUGGCCUAUAAUACCGCCAUACAAACCGCGAAAAAGGAGCACAGAACUGUUGUUGCUGUGAGUUUGGAGCUUUCUAUAGCAGUUAUAUACGACAAAGGUAUAAAUCGGCACGAUGAAGGCGCCGAGAUCUAUAAGCGCAUUAUCGACAUCUAUGGCGAUACCCGCAUCGACUUGAUGCUAGUGCGGUCUUUGGUGAAUGCGAAAUGUUAUCUUGGCUCUUAUCUAAUUUGGAAGGCCAUUGAGGACGGUGGGCCUCUCUCAGAGGCGGAUCAAGAAUAUGGGCGCCAGCUCGAAGAUCUAGUCCAGCGAAAACUACGUCUGGUGGUCGACGACAAUGUGCCUAGUUAUGUGGACCGCGAGCUUGACAUGGACCUUGAUGAGAAAAACCUGCCAUCUCGGCGACUCUGUAAAUCGAACGGAUGA